AUGCCUUCGCCAAAAGUGUCAAUCUAUUACUGUGCCCGGUGCAAAUGGCAAAAUCGGGCUGUGUGGUAUCUCCAGGAGAUAUUGCAAACCUUUAGUGACCCGGAAAAGAACUUGAUUCCUGAGGUCGCCGUGUGUCCUAGUUAUGAUCAACCGGGACUUUUCGAAAUCACUGCUACCGACAAGGAGGGCGAAAAAACGGUGUACAAACGGCGCAUGAAGAAGCUGACGGAGAGCCAGUCGGAACUGUACUUUUACGAUGGGUUUCCUGAUUCGAAGCUUUUGAAGGUGAUACUUCGGAAUGCUCUUUUUCCAGAGGCUGGUCUAGGUCAUGCUGAAAGUGUCAAUCCUAAGGAACCAGGGCUAAUGCUUACGUGUGAAAAAUGCAACGUUGAGGAAAGCUGA